UAGGCAAGUUUUACAGCCAGAACAUGUAUAGAAAUAAAACAUUUCUUCUUAAAACAUUCUCCUGCAAUGCCCUGGUUCUGUAGAAUGAGCCCUGGCAUUUUACUGUGAUUGUCUCUAUAGGUCUUUAAAAUCAAAAAUAAGAUUUUGCUCGGGUCCAGCAGGCAGGCUUCCCCCGGGUCUUCCUGGGUCUUCCAGAGGCAGCGUAAUGCGUGAUGACGUCAUGCGCGUUCACGCUCAGGCAUAUCCCCGCAGCGUUUGUUUACUAGCGAUAGCUUAGCGGCAGAGCGAGAGGUGGUUUAGCUAGCAUGGAUUCAGCAAAGAACAAGAAGAGAGCUGCUUCAAGCACUAGCGGAACUCCAGCCCAGACCCCAAACAAGUCAAAGAAACCAAGAAGAGUGUAUUCCAGCGCAGGUAAACGGGCAAAACUCGAGUAUGAUCGCCGAAGGCAACGAACGAGGAUAAAUAUCGGUCCAGCAUUUGAGGAGUGGAAAAUGCUGAGAAAGUCUCUCAGGAUGAAAACACACCCGCAGCUGGCAUCAUUUUUGCCGAAAAGUUAUGAGAAGCACGCUUCAUCAAAGGGACCACUUACAUCAACACCACGUGGGCCAUCUACAGCAGUGUUUGCAGGUCCUUGUCGCCCCAGUUCAGUAACUGCAGGGGAAUCUGAUAGGGAUGACUUCCAGAUCGCAGGAGUUGAACCUCUAAAAGCAGAUCAAGAGGUAGAAUUGUUGGAGGAAAGCAUCAAAUCGAUGGAGCUGAAAGUGGACUAUUUAGACGAGGAAAGAGCCAAUAGUUUGGAAAACAGUUUAUUAGAGUUUGAAGGAGAAGGAGCUUUAGACCCGUAUGACUCAGAUUAUGUACCUCCAAUAUCAAUAAGGUGUGUCUCACAGGAUGAAGUUGACCAACUUCCUAGCAUUGGCCUGGAUGAAGCUGUAUUUGACAUUGCUGAUUGUGUGGAGGCAGAUUUGGAAGAGAAUUUAGAAGCACCAUCAGCAGCAUCCAUUCCAGUUUUCCCAAUACACGAUAAAGUGCUUGUUGAAAGUGGUAUGCUUGUCAGCACACAAGCACCAGAGAAGAGUUUAUGGAUGUCUGGAAGGGUGUACUUCACCACGUGACUGGAGAGCAUGAAUGGGGCUUUGGCAGGUGCUUUCAUGCUCCUUUGGCGGAGAACCCAGACAAAGAGCUCAUUCCACAUGGAUCUGCUGCACAUGUGGCGCUUUCACGGAUUGUUCUGAACCAGCGAUGGCUAAAGGAUAUAGAGAAGUUGCUCACCUUUAGGUAAAUUACUGACAUUUGGUGGAAAUGUAAAGUUAUUGUCUUACUAACAGUAAAACAAAAUUGGAAAACAACAAUGCAGCUUUUUUCUAACUAAUACAAUCUCUGCACUUGGAUCUGAGUUCUUUCCAAUAACAAGUACCAUAACAGUUACUUAUACCACACCAAACAAUGCAAUGAAGCAGAAGACCGGUUUUAUUGUCUUCUCUGCCUGGUGCUACAAUUGAAGUAGAUUUAGAUAAAAUGUAAAACACAAAUAAACAACCACUAAUAUGAAAUUUUAUCUGAAAAUUAAUAUUUUAGAUGAAAAUACUGCUGUUUCUACAUUUUUAGUAUUGGUUCUUGUUAUCUGUAAACUACACACAUGAGGACAUUAGAUUGGUAUUGCCCUGAUUCCAGUAUCUGUAAUGUUGUAAUACCUACCACAAAGUAUAUUAUAUUGCGCUGAGUUAGAAUUUAUUUCUUCUACAGACAUUGUUUUUUUCCCCCAGGACCACUGCUGAGCUGGAGUCGUUCCAAAAUCACAUCUUGAUGUACGCCGGGAAACGCUUUGCAUUCUCAUUUGGUGUCUAUGAAGCUAGGACACUCCUCGCUGCAUUAGACUACAACCACCAUAACCAUCGCCCAGUGCAUGUGAACAUCAAAGGCGAAGUAUCACACAAACGAGUCUACAACAAAAAGUCGCAGCGUUACAGUGUUCACACUGUAAAGGAGACCAAAGACUACGGCUACAUCCCAGAGCUGCAGACAAGAAUCCUGGAGAAGCGCCUCAGCUCUGCUGGGGGACUCCCAAAAAGAAGAAGCAUUCAGGCUGAUGACCCCAGGGCCCUGGGUCCUCUCUCCGGGAUCAGCCCUCCUCCUACAGCUGAACUGGUACAGACACAACAACGCAGAGGACAGGUAGUGAUUAUAACCAAAUCUCCUCUCCAUUUUUGUGGAAGAAAAUUACAUAAAUGUAAUUUUUGUUUUUUACAGGACUUAUGUGAUACCUAAACAGAGGCUGAUGGCAAUCAAAGUUGAACACUACAGAUUUAUUUAUGUAAAUAUGUACAAAAAGUUUGCAACAACAAUAAAAGUAAGUCAAACUUC